UUCUAGAUAACACAACACACACACACACACACACACACACUCACAAAACCAAACCCAUCUCAAUUAUUAUUAUUACAAAAAAAUCAACUACCAACCACCGCCACUAAAUCAUGUCCACCACCACUUCCAACGCCGAUGCCGUCACGGCACCGCCGGACCCACCCACCACGCGUCCCACCAUCUCCCUCCCUCCGCGCCCCUCUCUUGAGUCCUUCUUCGCCGCCGGCGCUGUUAGUCCCGGACCCAUGACGCUUGUCUCCAGCUUCUUCGCAACCGACGACUGCCGCUCCUUCUCACAACUCCUCGCCGGAGCCAUGUCCCCGCUUGCAUUCCCCGCCGCCGCUGAUAAGGAUGAUGAUGGGGCCCACAAGGGCAUCGGGUUCAAGCAGAGCAGACCGAUGAACUUGGUCAUUGCUCGGUCCCCUAUGUUUACUAUUCCUCCUGGUUUGAGCCCUUCUGGUUUUCUCAACUCCCCUGGUUUCUUUUCCCCUCAGAGCCCUUUUGGGAUGUCUCACCAACAGGCUUUGGCACAGGUCACUGCUCAAGCUGUCUUUGCACAAUCUCAAAUGCAAAUGCAAGCUGAUUACCAGCCAUCUGCAGAAACAACUUCAACUGAAGCACCAGUAGAGCAGCAGUCUUUUACUCUAAAUGAAGCUUCAGAGCAGCAAGGGGUAGCAUCUGUGUCCGAACCUAGAAAUGCUCAGCUAGAAACCUCAGAGCUCCCACCCGCUGAUAAGAAAUAUCAACCUUCUUCCCUGGUCAUUGACAAACCUGGUGAUGAUGGCUACAACUGGCGUAAGUAUGGGCAGAAGCAAGUUAAGGGGAGCGAUUAUCCACGGAGCUACUACAAGUGUACCCACCUGAAUUGUCCUGUGAAGAAAAAAGUUGAGCGUGCCCCUGAUGGUCGCAUAACGGAAAUUAUCUACAAAGGCCAACAUAACCAUGAAAAGCCUCAGUCUAAUAAGCGUACGAGAGAUAAUAGUGAGUCAAAUGGAACUGCAAACAUUCAACCUAAGUCUGAGUCAAACUCACAAGGUUUGUUUGGAAAUGUAAACAAAGUUAGUGAAAGCGCACCUGAUUGUUCAGUGCCUGAGAGUGACCAGAUCUCUAACCAAGGGGCUCCAAGGAACCUAGGAUCAAGUGAGAGUGCAGAUGUGGGUGAUGUAGAUAAUAGAGAAGAGGGAGAUGACAUUGAACCAAACCCUAAGAGAAGGAGCACUGAUCUUGUGGUUUCUGAAGCACCAGCUGCACCAAUGUCCCAGAAAACAGUUACAGAACCCAAAAUCAUUGUGCAAACAAGAAGUGAGGUUGAUCUUCUGGAUGAUGGCUACAGGUGGCGAAAGUAUGGUCAGAAAGUGGUGAAGGGAAAUCCUCAUCCAAGGAGUUAUUACAAGUGCACUAGUGCAGGAUGCAAUGUGCGUAAACAUGUUGAGAGAGCUUCCACAGACGCUAAAGCUGUGAUAACUACAUAUGAAGGAAAACAUAACCAUGAUGUCCCUGCUGCUAGAAACAGCAGCCACAACACAGCUAGUAGCAAUUCAAUGCAACCAAAACCACAAAACAUGGGGCCUGAGAAGCAUCCUUUGCUUAAAGAUAUGGAUUUUGGAAAUAAUAAUAAUGACCAGAGACCUGUACAUUUACGCUUGAAAGAAGAGCAAAUCAUAGUAUAAAGCCUGGUGCCAUUAUCAGUUGCUGCAUGAAGAGAACUCACCCUGGUACAGAAUGAAGUUGUUUCGAAAAUAAAAUGGAUAAUCUAAAGGUGUAGUUAAAGUUGGUAAUGGUAAGGUAUGCUCUUUUUUUGUAUGUAACACCUUUUUGUACAUCUAAGUUAUGGACUUGUUUGUAUAAGUCUUUGUUCACAGGUAUGAAAAAUCAAAGAUAAUUUCAAUUAAUGCAUGAACAUUGCUGUUCCUGGUACUGUCUAGUACUCCUUAUAAGAGGCAGUUCUAGAGUAAAUAACAUUUUGCUACUUGGAUAAUUAAUAAUUAUUUGUUAUGUUUUUAGAUUA